GCAUUAUGUAUGAAGACUUAACACAUAUUCAGAGGCGGAGAGCUCACCGAAAGAAGCUGAAUAUUACCCCCAACUGCAAGUGCAAGUGAGAGCUAGUCAGAUCGAAGAUGUUGCCGUGCAGUAGAGAAGCCUUGUUGCAAAGACUGCUCCAAAUGAGCAUGCUGCUCUGUUUACUACAAGUGCAGCUCUGCAGCUCCCAAAGGACGGAUAUUCAAGUGUCUCGUUUAGACGGCUCCAGAUCCAUCAUCAACAUUUUGCAGCAGAGAGAGUACUACAUGUUUGAGGGAGAUGGCAUCACCUUUAAGUGUAUCUGCAGCAAUCAGGGGGCAAAUGUAAACACGAGAGCAGUUUCGGUGAGAUGGAUACACAAAGGAGAGAUUAUAGAGAGCAGUGAACAAUGCAUAACCCUCAUCCACACUAUAUCGGAGGCUACCAGUAGCAACGACGGGGAGCACGAGUGUGAGGUCUCCUAUGCUAACGGUACCGUGACCAGGCUCAGUGCAGGAACACUGGAGGUAGUCGAUCCCAACAUCGUCGUGGCACCUCCAUUUCAGUACGGGCUCAUCGACACUAGUUCAUCUCUCAACUGUACCACGACUUCCUCUGAGACUUCUAGCGUCUCCAUCACCUGGUUCCACGAUCGGGAGAAUGGUGCAUCGGCAAACAAUCAGAUUGAUCGUGUUCAAAUCAGUCACGAGGGGAUGUAUGUGUGCAGUGUCUUUCUUGCCACCUUCGAUCUCAGAGCCAUCAGAAUGAUAAAUUUCUCCGUUAUUGUUCCUCCGGUCAUUCUGAACGACCUCAUUGACUAUGAUCUACUCGGGAAUCAGGCUGCUCAAUUCACAGUAAAUUUUCAGUCUCGGUUCCAGUCUGAAACCGUCAUCGUGUGGUACAAGAACCAGAACAGUGCUGUACGAAAAGAGCUCAUUCGAACUGAGUACACUGACGAACCUAAUGCUGUGACAGAACUCUACUUUUCUAACUUGAGAAGGAGUGAUGCUGGUUUGUACACAGUUGUCAUACAGAAUACGUUCUCCCAGUUGUCUCCGGAGUUAAGAAGAGUCCAGACCAGUUUCAGACUAGACGUGACAGUUUAUCCUGUGGCUCCUUCGAACAUCCAUUUCAUUGAUAUCAGUUCCACUCAAGCGAAAGUUCAAUGGGAACUGACCAAUGAGAACGAAGACGAUCGCCCUGACAACAUCACAGCUCGGCUCUAUUACACAAACGGAACAAUUGUAUCGCAACACAUUGUGAAUGGAACAAGUACAGAGCUAGUAUUGUAUCUCAUACCUGGAACAGAAUAUAAAUUAUUAAUGACGUCAGCCAACAUCGAUGGAGAAGUCAACAGUAUAGAGAGAAAUUUCAUGAGCAUUGAUGGACCUCCCAGCUCACCUCACCUGACUGUUGAGAGAAUUGGAUCGGCCGUCUUCAACAUCACCAUUAGCCUCGCCUACACAGGAGGUGGUAAUAUAACUCAGUUCAUAUUGGAGGUAAGGAGCAAGGAGAAUCCAACUGCUGGUUGGAGAUCUUUAGGUGCAUUCGAAGCAGUGCCUACCGGUAAUAUUUUGGAAUGGAGAGUGAUUGCAAUGCAUGAUCAGUACCUGUCAGAGCAAGGUCUGGAGUUUAGAAUUGCUACUAUGAAUACGAGAGGACAUGUCAGUGAGCCAUCUCUGCACCUAGAACCUUACGAUCUACCUGGACCUCCAACACAGCCCAACCACAUCUCCUCCACUCAUGACUCCCUCCUCAUUCAAGUGCAACUGUCCUCUCUUGGUUCAGGUCCUAUCAUUGCCGUACACGUGUUGUUCGAGGACUUCAACCGAACCUUGGAGAUUCGCCCGUACUCCCUGGGAGAGCUAGUGCAGGUACGAAUAGAAGGCCUGCAGUCAAACACUAUAUAUCGGUUCGUAGUGAUAGCCGAGAACUAUGGUGGUCUUGGAGAACCUAGUCCCGUGCUCGAGGCUGCUACUGAGAAGCUGCCUCCUGUCCCGCUGUACGGUGUGGUGUUGAUUUCAAUAGGUACCGCCAUAGCGAUUAUCCUGGGCGUGGCCAUCCUCGCUAUAGUGGUGCGUCACAUCUACAGCGUGCAGAAAGAGAAGAGGCAGUAUAGAGUUGGUUCAGGGUCCCGCUCUGAAGCCUGCAAGACUAGCACUGGAUCGGACAAGCUAGUGUCGAGUACGAAGCGCCCCCCUCUCCCCAAGACCCCCACCCAGGCGAGCACUCAAUCCUCCGUCACUUCCGAAAAUCCUCGUCCCAGUUCCCAAUCUGCUUACUCUCGUCAAGGCUCCACCUCCACCUAUCCCCUCUCUCCUCAGCGGACCAUCAGUACCAGCGACGGAGGGUCGCCCAUCGAGGAGUUCGAGUUUAAUCAUCGCCCAGACUCGGUUGCUAUGAGCAACGAAUCGGAAUCGGAUGUGAAUUACCCGCGCUAUUUAUAUCGAGUGUCACCAUCACCUCCCAGCGUCUCCAUGCCCCAUCAGCUCAUCGCCCCCGCCCCAGUCAUUUCGCUCCACUCGAUGCAAUCCUAUCCCUCCACGAUCACUAACCUCACUGCCUCCAGCGACAGCACAAGAGACAGCAUCAUCCUCAGCCCUACCGAGUUCAGAGCCACUAACGUUUGAUCCUCGGAAAAUCACGCUUUUAUCUCUUCAUCUCUCAAAAUUGGCAAAUAGUAAUGGACCUAAUUCAUCAAUAAACACUUAACAACAGAAUAGUAGUCACUGUUAGUACUUGUUGUGAAGUUACGUAUUUUUGCCUCGAUCAUCACUUUUUUGACACACUUGUUGGCAAUUGUUUUUAUUACUACGACAACACACAUCACUCUUAGAGACCAGGUUUUGGUAGUUUGCAUUAAUUGUUUGGCAGUUUUCUUAGUUUGUGACUUCCCCUCCUCAUUACCACUUCAAUACAUUCACUUUUCAUGUUCUCACGGUAACUUAACUAUAUACUAGUUUCUGUUGGCUUUGAUGUCAUGUACAGUUUUCAUUUUGG